CAUCAAUGUGUAAAUAGCCUGAUGAUGUUGAUGAUGAUGAUAAUGCCUGAUAAAAAAGAGUGCAACGAGAAAGAGUCAAGAAGAAAAUAUUUCAUCAUUCAGUUUUUUGGCUAAUCUUUUCUUGGAUUUUUAUCAUUAUUCUUUACCAUCUUCUUCAUCAUCAUCACCACCAUUAUCAUUAUCAUCAUGCAAAGACGUUUAUUACAAAAAUUGAAUGAACGUUUUGAUCAAGGCGAUUAUUAUGAAGCACAUCAAAUUUAUCGAACAAUUUAUUAUCGUUUAGUACGAGAGAAUAAAUUUGCUGAAAUCUAUAAUCUUUUGUAUGAAGGUUCGAUACGUUUAUUCGAUAAAGGUGAACCAAAUUCUGGUUCGGAUUUAGCAUUAUUAUUAGCCGAUUUAAUGUUGACAAAAGUAACCGAUUUAAAACAAUUAAAUCAACCCAAUGAAUCCAAAGUAUUGGACGAUAUGACAAGAUUAUUUUCGAAAAUAUCCAACGAAUCACCUGAACGUUUAGAAUUUAUAUCAAAAUUAUUGAAAAUUAAAUAUCUGACAAUAGCCAACCUUCGUAAACGUUUUGCACAAACAUUGUGGUCGGAAAAAAAUUAUUCUGAUUCACGUUUACAUUUUCUUUAUUCAUCCGAUAAUGGUGAUAAUUGUGCCCUAAUGUUAAUCGAAUAUCAAUGUAAAUCUGCUUAUCCGAAUGAAAUUGAUCUAAUGAUAGCUCAAUUUGUAUUGCAAGUACUUUGCAUUCGAAAUCAACAAUUAGCACAUAAUGUAUUUUUAGGUUAUACAAUGAAUCAUCCGAAAAUUCGUUCGAAUAAACCACCAUUCACGACACCAUUAUUGAAUUUUUUAUUUUUCCUAAUAAUGGCUAUUGAUCAUUAUCCCGGUAAAAGUCAAUUAUUCGAAAUACUUUGUAAUUUAUAUGAUAAAUCAUUAUGUCGUGAUCCUUGUUAUAAAGAUUAUCUUCAACAAAUUGGUCAAAUUUAUUUUGGUUUGGAAAAAAGACAACAACAACAAGGUGGUGGUGGUAUAUUUUCUAAUCUUAUUCAAUCAAUAUUCGAUAUGUCAGCCGAUGAUGAUAAUGAUCAAUCGCAAUCGCAGCAACAACAAUUAAAUUUUCAAUCAUCACCACCAACAACAAAUCAAGAAGUUGAUCUGGAUUAAUCAUCAAAUCAAAUUUUUCAAAAUUUUAAUUCAUCAAAUCCAAAAUGCGAAACACAGCAACAAUGAAUACCGAUAGAUAACAAAACUUCGAUUCAAAAACUUCCGAAACUCCUUUGCUUUUCAAAAUCAUCACUUGCUAACUUGUGAUUAUCACACAGUAAACACACCAGAGAGAAAACAUUUUGCUUGUAAUGUUUUGUUUUGCAUGCAAAUAUUAUAAUUCAAUAAUAAUAAUAAUAAAGUUUGCUUUCUCCAUCAAUUUCA